AUGUAACCACUUUGUGAUCCAGCAUAGGAUAGAGUAGUUAAGCAAGUACCUUUACCACCUCAUCGUCCUUUAGAUAAUGAUCUAAUGUUUCCAGCUAAGAAUCAAGGUAAAUGAAAUAUGAUUAUAUUAGGGAAACCUGACUGGAAACUUAUAAAGGAGCAUUUAGAAAGAGAGGGGAGAAUUGCAAAGAAGGAAGUAAUAAAAUUAGUAACAAUGGCAAACAAAAUUUUUAGUAAGCAAUCGUUAUUAUAAUAAAGAGAAUGAGGGCAGUUUGAUACAUCUGUCAGAUCCAUUGACAGUAGUAGGAGAUAUUCAUGGGUAUAAUUUUGAAAAUAAUAAGUUAGAUAAUUUUAUGAUUUCCUUAAGAUUCUUGAUGUGGGUGGUAAUCCAGAAUCAUAGAAAUAUGUGUUUUUGGGUGAUUAUGUUGAUAGAGGACCAUUUUCAAUAGAGGUGUUAAUUUUGUUGUAUUCUCUAAAAAUUAAUUAUCCACGAACUAUAUAUAUGCUUAGAGGAAAUCAUGAAUGUAGAUAACUAACAUCUUUCUUUAAUUUCAUGGAUGAAUGCAAAUAUAAAUAUGAUUAAGAAUUGUAUGAUGUUUUCAUGGAUUCAUUUGAUAAUCUUCCAUUAGCAUGUAUUAUUAAUAAUCAAUUUAUUGCACUUCAUGGAGGAAUAUCUCCAGAAUUAAGAAAUGUAUAAAAUAAUUUAUAUGUAGGUUGCUGAUGUCAAUUAAGUUGAGAGAUUUAGAGAACCACCAAAAAAUGGAUUAUUUUGUGAUAUUCUUUGGGCAGAUCCUGUCGAUAAUGAUGAUGGAAUAUGUGAAGGAUAGUUUAGAAUUAAUGAAGUCAGAGGCUGUUCUUACUUUUAUGGAAUGGAAGCAGUCAGCAGAUUUUUGGAAAGAAAUAAAUUGAUAUCUGUUAUAAGAGCCCAUGAAGCUCAAUUAGAAGGUUAUAAAAUGCAUAGAUGGGAUGGUGGAUAAGAUUUUCCUAUGGUAAUAACUAUAUUUUCAGCUCCUAACUAUUGUGAUGUCUACAACAAUAAGGGAGCUGUUAUUAAAUUUAAAGUAUGUAUCUUUUUUUAAUAAUUCUAGAAUAAUGAUCUUAACAUUCAAUAAUAUAAUUAUAGUUAACAUCCAUAUCUAUUACCGAAUUUCAUGGAUAUUUUUACAUGGUCUAUCCCUUUCGUUGCAGAAAAAGGUAACUCUAAAUACUAUUAUAAAAGUCACUGAAGUGUUAUUCCAUAUAAUCUAACCUAGAGAUGGUGAAGCUAUAGAUGAAAUUGUUGAUGAAGAUGAUAUUGCAAAAUUCAAAGAAUUAGUAGGAGAUCAAUAGCAUAAAAAUAAAGAUGUUUUUUUGAAAAGCAAAAUAAAAUUUGUAUUUAGAAUGAUGCAAAUUCAAAAAGGACUAAGAUAACAAAGUGAAAGUCUAGUCUAAACUAAAGGUGCUUGUCCAGAUAAUCGUAUUCCUAAAACACUUCUAGAUAGCAUAAAAGAUUGUAAUAUUUAUUUUUAAUAAUAAUAUUAGCGAAUGGAGCAUUUUAAACUGCUAAAAUGGCUGACUCAAUCAAUGAGAAAAGACCUGGACUCAGUUAAUGAUAUUAGAAUCAUAUAAAUAAAC